AAGAAAAGCUACACAAGCAGAGAGAGAAGAGCAAGAGAGGAGGACGCACCAUAAAAUACAGAUCUGUUUGUUAACAGAUAUUUCGGUGUGUGUUGUUUCGCCUCAGCAGCAUGGCUGUGCUCAUCCGCUUGCAGGGUCUCCCGAUAGUGGCGGGGACCAUGGACAUACGCCAUUUCUUCUCUGGAUUGACCAUCCCAGAUGGUGGGGUGCAUAUUGUAGGGGGUGAACAUGGUGAGGCUUUUAUUGUUUUCGCCACAGAUGAAGAUGCCAGGCUUGGCAUGAUGCGUUCAAGGGGAGCAAUCAAAGGUUCAAAAGUGUCACUUUUGCUGAGCAGCAAGACCGAGAUGCAGAAUAUAAUUGAGUUUAACCGCAGGCGUUUUAAAACGGGCAAUGUCGGGGGAGCAGCAGGAAACGGUAGCAGGGCAGGUCCCCCCGUCAACACAUGUGGGAGGGGCAGUUUACGCAACACUUUACAAGGGUUCAGCAACACCACACCAGCCACCGUCACCAGAGCUGCCUCUGCACAUGAAACCAUAAGAAACAAAAAUGUGUCCACGUUUGCCACCACUAGCAUGGGAAACAUGCCCCCCAGUUUCAGCAACAACUUCAGCAGCCCAAUCUCACCAUGGUCCAGUAUGAGAACAACCAUGUCCUCCCUCAACUCUGUACCCACCUAUACCCCUUUGACAACCAUGCCAUCCUGCCCCCCCAUGCCUUCCAUACCCCCCAUGCCACUUCCACCACCAGUGUUCUCUGUGCCUCCUGUUCCCUGUGUCACCUUUAACCCAAGGCCCCCUGUCCUUCCCAUGAGUCUGUCUCACAUGGGCUCAAUGCCACCAUUCAACCCAGGUGUCCCACCCCUAGUGGACUGGCCAAAUCACAUGUUUGUUGGCCAUAUGAACCCUCUGUUAAAUCUCCAGGCACACAUGAAGGCAGCAAUAGGUAAUUCAGAUGAGUUAUAUGUCCACCUUCAAGGCCUGCCCUUCUCAGCUACUGAAAUGGAUAUUAGGGAGUUUUUCUGUGGGAUAGUAGUGGACUCCAUCCGAAAGGUCAGGGACAACAUUGGCCGGAGUAGCGGCAGGGCCCUGGCCAAGUUCUUUUCCCCUCAGGACACUUUUGAGGCACUCAAAAGAAGCUGCGGAAUGUUAAGGCAAGGGUACGUGGACAUCUCUCCGGCCACAGAGAGCCAGUGGAUGAGUGUCGGCAGUGGGGCAACGGGGUUGGAGGGCAAGCCCACUCAAAAUCCAGUAAUGUGCCCCAAGACCAGCACCGCCGCAGCAACAUGAGUUCAGUGUCUCCUUCAACCAGAGAUCAUGCAAGGUCUCGCUCCCCUCACAACAAGGAGUUCUGUGUCUACCUAAAAGGCCUGCCCUACGAAGCAGUAAAUAAACAGAUCUGUGAGUUCUUCAAAAACCUGAACAUUAUGGAAGACUGCAUUUACAUUGCUUAUGGACCCUCUGGCCGAGCUACAGGUCAGGGCUUUGUCCAGUUAAAAGAUGAAAUGGAUUACAAGGUUGCCCUCAGCUGUCACAUGCAGUAUAUGGGAAGCCGAUUC